AUGAGCUUAAAGCUUGGAGGCAAAUCGAGCAAGAAUACAAGCAGGUUUGGGAAAAGAGAGAAUGAUAUUAAGAAGUCAAAAGGCCGCCGUGAUAACUCUAGUGACGGAGAUUUCGACCUAAGUGACUCUUUGGAGAGAGGAGGUAAGCCAAAAUCCUCCCUCGGCCUUAAUAAAGGCAAGGCUAGAGGAGGUCAGCCUACUCCUUCUCUUGGACUUGGUAAGAAACCCAGUAGAAGGCCUGGGAGAAUUAAUGAUACUUUUACUACGAAGUCAGACGGGAGGAGAAGUAUGGGGAGUUCCAAGAGAAAGUCUCAUAGGAAAAACUCCCCAGAAUUUGGAUUUCAAGAUAAUGGCUCUGACCAAAGACUUGAAACCUUCGGAAACCGCGAAGAAAGGCCAAAGAAGAAUUAUAAAGGGGGACUAGACAUAGACAAUGAUGAAAAAUCAAGAGGAGCUCAAACAAGUUACAACUGGAAUAAGGAUAAGAAGGCAGAAACUCUUCUAAGCCUCCUGCAGGAGCUGGCAGCAGGUACUCCUCUAGAGGAAGGAAUGACAGUAAGGAUAGAAGCCGCAGCAGAAAUAGAGAUCAAAAGUCAGGGUUUAGAGAUGGUAGAUCACAAAGGUCAAGAAAUCCUUCUCAAAAAGGAGCAUCAGAAAAGAAGAGUAGAGCAACCUCAAGUUAUGAUGAUCCAAGAUUUGAAAAACAUAUGAAAAAACUCUGAAUUUUAAUGAGAAAAAGGAGAAAAGAGAAAAAGAAUGGUUACUUGAGUAUCAAUCGCAUAAACCUCUUGUUCAUUUAAUUGAUAGAUUCGGACAACCCCCGAAGAAAACUCAGAGUUAUCUUAUCACUCUUGAAAAGGUUAAGAAUAUUCCUCAUAAUGAAUUCCCCUUAAUCAAGGAGAAAGGAGUGACCACAACUUUGAAUUACUGUUGUACUCUCUUUGAUGAGGAGGAAAGGGAAUUUUUCGGAAGAUCUUAUACCUCGAGACCUAUCAAACUUGACAUGAAAUUCGAAUCAACCGAAGAUAGGAGUAGAGAUUUCCUCUUUAUGCACACACAAGAGGAGGAUGCUAAACUUGUACUGAUAAUUGAGACAUAUCUAGAAAUUAUAGAACUCGAUAAAGGAGAGAAAACAACUUACAUUUCAUUAGGAUUUGCCAAAUUCCAAUUGUUUGGUGCAAAAGGAACAGCUGUGGCUACUCCUCUUCCAAUGUUCAAGGGAAGCCCUAGGUCCCUGAUGCUUAAAGUUCCAUUUGAGAAAUUUUUGGUAAACAAAUGUACCUUGGUAGCUCAAAUAAAAGAAUAUAAUGCCUUAAAUAAACUAAAGGCGUUAAUACCCUCAACCACUCUCUGUGGAAUGAAGGAUAUCAUCCCUGGACUGGUCGGUAGUAAAAUGGCUCUGAAAAGAGAUCAAAUCAACCUCUGUGGUACAGAAGAUCUCAUCUUGACAAAUAUGCAAGUUGAGACAGGAAGAGGAUUUGAAAAGAUGUUUAUGAGAUCGCUUGAAGACUCAAUUUAUCAACAGUAUAAGCUAGAUAAGGAAGAAGCGCCAAAGGCAACUCUCUUAAGACUUGGAUCACCUAUGAUUUCUGAGAGGAAGAUGUACGUUACCUUUAAUAAUUCUUGGAAAGUUGCUGAUGAUAGUAUGUUCAUCUCACUGGAAUCUCCAAAUGACUCAUUUAACACUUAUCAAGCUAUGGGGCAUAUUGAGGUUAAGGACUUUAUUAUUGACCCGAACACAGCCUUAGUUUUCAAAAUUGAAUUUGUAGUUAACAUGCCAACAGCUGUGAGAAAGAAGAAAGAAAAAUUAACUUAUACUGUCGCAUGGGGCUAUUUCCUUCCCACUUAUAAUGCUGAAGGAGAAGUUCAGUCUGGAACCCUUAAUUGUGACUUAAAGUUCGGUCCUGGUUUGACUCCUGAUGGCUCAAUGCUUUGGACGCCUGAAGUCAAUGAAAACGAGGAAGAUCUAACCAUUGAGAUUCUUGGAGAUAUAGAUCCUAAAGGAAAAUUUGAUCCAAGAUCAGUAAAAAAGGUAAUUAGCAGGGAUAAUCCACCAGAAGUUAACAUUGAUCGUGUCAAGGGCAAAGAUAGCGACCUUUUUGAUAUCGAAAAAUCUCCGAGAGGUGACAAUCGCUUGCCAGUUGGUGACACGACUGUAAAUCGGAACCUCCGCAGACAACUUGAGAAAGAGGCUAGAGAAAAGGAACAGCUUAAGAAGAAAAUGGAGAAUCUUGAAAUCAGGAAUCAAUCCUAUAAAGACCAACUAGGUAAUAAGUACAAAGGCGAAGCAGGAAGACUCGAAGAAGACAUUAAUGAUGCCAAGCGAGAUGAGAGGAAGAAUAUGGAAAUUUUAAAGAAAAAAUUUCAGAGAAGAGAGGAAGAAAGCAGAGGAGCUUAUGAGGGUAGAAUAAAGGAAUUAGAGAUGGAACUGAAGAGGAGUAAGAGCAGAAGAGGCUCCAAGUAUAGGGGUGAUAAGAGAGAUGGAACUCUUUCCCCACCAAGAGUUGAUAGAUCUGAUAUUUUGGAGCAUCCUAAUACAGCACCUGUUCAUCAAUUGCCCUAUGCGCCUAAUUAUAUGGCAGAUCCUUCUAUGUAUUUCCCUUCGUUCUAUCCUCCAGAUGAUAGAUCGAGGUUGAUUGGUCAGUCAAGAUAUAUUGAUGAAGACUUGAAAAUAUUACCCCCACCUCCUCAAGUUCCACUUGAACUUCCAACUACCUUUGACUUGAGCAGGGAUGAUGAGAUAGCAUUCGUAAAACUUGGGAUAAAAGAAGAAAUUUUAAAAUACGACCACUACGAUCAACCAGAUUUAGAUGUCGAGUUGAAAAAUCCUCUGCAGGCUUCAGAAUUUUCAUUGAAAUUUAUUGCGUUCAAACCUCCACUCUCAAUGCCAUUUGGGAGAUCUGUCCCAAGAAGGAUGUACUUCAAAUACAACUUCUUCACAUUCCCUGAAACAACGACUGAGGGUUGUAAGAUCAAAGACCCUGAUGGAAGGACGGAUUUGAUCAGGGAACUCGUGCCAGGCCAGCAAUACAUCUUGGAUCGUAUCGGGAAGUCCAAGGUCAGCGAGUACAGAUCGAUUGAGAACGAGUUCGUAAUCGAUAGAACAGUCUCUAAGGUUUCUGAUGAGAACAAACAGUUCUACAAGUACCUUCUUCAGAGAGAUCUUUCAAUUAAUAUCUAUGAUGCAGAUAGCCACAUUCUGUAUGGAACCUGUUGCGUAAACCUCAAAGGUCUUCUCCGACAGACCAGGACAGGAAUUGUUCGAGCUAGGAAUUGCGAAAUCGCAGCCUUUGAAAGCUCAAAUAGAAGUAUCACUGGAGCUGUCAAUAUGGGAAACUUACAAAUUUUGAUGUCACAUCAAGGCCGGAAAGAAGCAGAAGUGAAUAACCUGGACAAAGAGCAGAAUUAUGCCACUAACGAUCAUUUUGAAGACAGGAAACAACCCAGUCAGAGGUUCAACAAGAAAGUCAAAUCCAAACCUAUCCAGGGUCUGAUUGAAGAAUAUGUGGCUGAUAAGCCAGAUGAUAUUUAUGAGAAGAUUAUAGAACCACCUAUGCAUCUUGAUGAAGAAGAUGCAGAGGAUAUCAGGAAGAAGAUGAGAGUUGAGAGGCUUAAGAAGUUUCAGUUUAAGCAGAAGGUCUACCGCGAUGCAGAGGAUAGAAUGAGGCACGCUCAUAGGCCAGAAGAGAUUAUCAAUGUGAUGGCUGAUCCUACUAAGCCAGAUUGGGUCAAGAAAUAUAGUUUAAGAGAAAUCGAGACUUUGAGAGAUUUCAAUAAGCAUCAUGUUAUUGAUCAGGUGCUACAAGAUCAUAUAAAGGAUUUGAAACACUUGUAUAUCACUCCUGGAACACCUUCUUUCUUCAAAUAUAAACUGAAGAAUCCAUUUGUGUCAAGGACUGUGUUUACAGUAAACAUUAGUGAUCCUGAUAAGGUAUAUCUCGGUGAAACAACAGAAUUCAAGUUAGUGAACAAUAGAAAUUUCGAAUGGGAGUUCUGGAACGAAAAGAGAGAAUGUGAAGCUCCAUAUUCAUGGGAUAUGGUUAACAAAUCGAAUGAAAUCAUGCUUGAACCAGGAGAGGAAUGCGAAUUGCUGUUUAAAUAUAUUACUUUCAGGGAAUUUGAUCCACUUAAACAGUCUUCAGAACAUUAUAUCAAAGAAAGAGCAGUCCUUCUUACCUUUGAAUAUUCUUCCCACAAAGAAGGAAAGGGACAGGUAUUUAAUACCAGAGUUGUUGUUACUCCUAAAAAGCCUCCAAUUGAUUUCACCAUAGCAUUUGAUGAGCCACCAAGCUCGCAUGCAUCUUUGACAAUUCCGGCAAGUUUCUAUGCAGAUCCAUAUCAAGCAUACUGCUCUGAUACAAGUAUUGUUUGAGAAUUCGAUGCAGAAAGCAGACUGACUGCAGAGCUUAGGACUCCAGAUGUGGAUUUCAACAAUCCAAAAUCCUUCUUGGUGUAUAUUUACCAAGACAAGUUCUGAUAUGGCUUACAAUGUGUGCUAAAAGUAGUCAUCCAAAGCUCCCUCUGCAUCUACACAAAGUCAAGAGUUGGCUUAAAAAUGGAGCAUACUCUCACUCUUGAGGCAGACAAGCCCAGAAAAGUUCUACUGUUCAGUAGCAAUAAUAGAAUUGUUGAAACUAACGGGGAUGCACAAACUAUUUCACCUGGUUCUUACAAUGCUCUUACUGUCAAUGUAAAGACUUAUGAGAGAGAUUACAAAAAGGUCAAGAUCAACUGAGUUGAUGUAAAUACUAGAGAACUAGUGAAAACCUGGUUGAUGCUGGUUGAAAGCGAAGAGCCAAAGAUCACCCAAACAAUAGAUAUCACUCUCAUUCUUGAUAAAGGAGUGACCAAGGAGAUUGAGUUUACUAACAAGCUGAACAAAGAAGCUGUCUUUGAGUUUUCUUCUACAAGACCAGACCUAUGCAAACCCCGCCAUACUCAUGUGAGAGUGGCUGCCAAGGCCAGGAAAAGAGUCGAGUUCUUCUUCCCGCCCAAAAGAGUGAAGGGCUCGGGUGAUGUCCUGAUCUUCGCCAAUGAUGAAGAGUUCAAUUUUUACGAAGGCUACAGAUUCAAACUGGCAUAUGUUGCAUAAAUGGCUAAAUAAGUAUGAUUUCAAUUGAAUUUAGU